AUGCGGGCGGCGGGUGCCCAGCGCCUCAGUCUGAGCCAGGCGGCUGCAGGAGUGAACAUCGCGGCUGCUCGCCUGUGUUCUCGGAGUCUUUGCCCCGGAGCGAGCAGUGGAUAUCCCGCGGGGGCACUGUACACUGAGCCGGCGCUGGUCGGGUGCACCAGCUGGAGAUUACCGCACUGGAACCUGGCAUGGAGCCUUGACGGGUCCCCGGGACUGGGGGAUUACAAUUCAUCGUUCCCGCACCAGGGGAUGGGAAGCCUGGAUACCUGACGGAGCUUUGGGCGGGUUCUGAGAUUGGACUGGGGAAAAGUUCGGAUAGUCCGGGACUGGCACGGUGCCCCAGCCGGGAGUUGGGAUGGAGGGUGUCCGGCGGCUGCUCGGGCUCCUGUUCGCUCUGUGCCGGUUGUGUGCGGUGCUCGGCAAGAUCCUGGAGCCGGUGACCUGGAACUCGCUAAAUCCGCGGUUUCUACCUGGAAAAGGCUUGGUUUUAUACCCUGAAAUUGGAGACCGGUUGGACAUUAUUUGUCCCAAGGGGGAGCCAUCACAGCCUUAUGAGUAUUACAAGUUGUACAUGGUGCGCAGGGAUCAGGCAGAGUCAUGCAGUACAGUAAUGGAUCCCAACGUCUUGGUCACGUGCAACCAACCAGAGAAGGAGUUUCGUUUCACCAUUAAGUUUCAGGAAUUUAGUCCGAACUACAUGGGCCUAGAGUUCCGAAGAAACCAGGACUAUUAUAUUACAUCUACUUCCAAUGGAACACUACAUGGUCUUGAGAAUCGGGAAGGAGGUGUGUGCCAGUCACGGUCCAUGAAGAUCAUCAUGAAAGUCGGACAAGACCCAAAUGCAGUAUUACCAGAGCAUGUCACCACUAGCCGGCCAGGCAAAGAAGCAGAUAAUACUGGAAAGAUGGCAACGCCUGGACCAUGGAAUACUGGGUUUGAAGGAGAAGACCAUGGAAAGCCAGAUACUGUGAAUCAAUCGGAUAAACCUUCCUCUGGAGGGGGCGUUGACAGCUUUUUCAGCUCUAAAGUGGCCGUGUUUGCUGCCAUUGGUGCAGGAUGCGUCAUUUUUAUUCUCAUCAUCAUUUUCCUAGUAGUUUUGCUUAUCAAGAUCCGAAAACGGCACCGCAAGCAUACACAGCAGCGGGCGGCUGCCCUAUCCCUUAGUACAUUGGCUAGCCCUAAAUGCAGCGGAAAUGCUGGCACUGAGCCAAGUGACAUCAUCAUCCCGCUGCGGACUACAGAGAACAAUUACUGCCCACACUAUGAGAAGGUGAGCGGGGACUAUGGACACCCUGUGUACAUUGUACAAGAGAUGCCACCUCAAAGCCCCGCAAACAUUUAUUACAAGGUCUGAGAUGAACUGUGACAACUCAUCCUGCUCCCCAUCAGUGGGAUGGCCAAUCAAGCGCCAGGAGCACAGGCCAAAGGAGGUCACUCUGCAUUACAGGACUCUGGGAGACGGAGCAAUAAGACUAACUUUCCCUAUGUUAGGUAUUUUUAUAUAGUUUGCCCCAUUGUUCUGCUCCCUUUCCAGUCCAGGGGAGGGUGGUUUGGAUAUGCUCCUGUCUGCACUUUGCACACCUGCAGUGGUCAACCCUUACUUGACAUGCAAGGGCAGUCUGAACUGUCUUCCGCGAGUCUUGUUGUGGAGGCACAAUGAUGCAGGUAGUAUUCAUGGCUGUGACUUCUUCAGUAUUCAGCAAAGCAAUGUCCUAUAUCAUGGUUGUAGAGGGGUUGACAUAUGCUUAGUAACCUAUGUAACAUUGCGCUGGAUGCCCCGAUAUUACAUGUGCCCGGUUAUGAAUGAUAUUCUAGGCAUGUAUGUGCUGAUGGAAUAGGGCACAGUCAUGUGAUGCCCUAACAGGGCAUUGACAAACAUAGAUCCUGUGGUCUGUGUUCGGUUUCUGAGUGGUAGAAUUCUGCGUGUCUUGCUCUUGUCCAGUCUAAACCCACCCUGACUUAGUUAUAAGUCUGGGGAAGCUGUAACAAUUAGCCACGCAUGUACACAAUACCUGUGCCCUGGUACACACUGCGCCAGCUACCUGUGUACACAUAUGCACUUAAUUGCACACACCUUCCGGUAGGUUGCAUUUUCAGUACUGCCCAUCAGCCUCCUUAUUAAAUAUUUGGGCAUUGUCUGUGAAAACUUGUAUCACAUGGGUGCAACACAAUUACAACCUCUUGUAUGUACUGGAUCCAGUUUCGCAGUAAACACUUGACACGGCACAGAAAACCUAUUCAGGAUAGUUGUUGACCUAUACGAGAAAACUACAGGGUGCAGGGUCUUAUGAAAUCUGUAGCGUCCUAGUUUUAUUUCUCAUUGAACCUCGUCCCAAAUGUUGUCAGUAAGCAGGCCUUUUCUGGAGAUGGUAGAAGGGAUAUAUAUCAAUGUGAAGUGGCUGUAGGUGACGAGGGAGGGUUCUCUUAUGAAUUGUCACAUUAAUACUAACCUAAGUUGGCUGUGACUGUCUGAUCACAGGUGACCUUUUUGUCAUUAUUUAACAAAUGUAGUGAAUGACCGGCAAGCCAUCCAUUCCAGCCAUAGAGUGUUGGGGUUCUGGUCACUCAGGAACUUGCACGUUGCUGUUGCAUUGUUCAGCAACCUGUGCUGUUUUCCGAGGGUGUUGAUAGUAAUACUGUGGUGACCCUGUGUUCCUUCAGUUGCCUCUACUGGCCUACAUUCUACUAUUUUAUAUUUACAUUACAUAUGUACCAAACACUUGUAUGGUGUUCAGUUGCAUAGUGUACAUGACUCGGUCUGCCGAAGCUUAUGUUGGUUUGGUGGAAAAGCCGACUUUGUAUUCCAGCCUGCUAACCUUAAAGCUUGGGAUUUGUUAACCAGUAUUUGGAGCUGUGGUUGCAUUUGUCUUUUGCACCUUAGUAAAUGUAGUACUGAUACACAACAGAUGAACCCUGGCACCGCUAUGCCACUAACUCCGUUGCUGCUAAGCUCCUCCAGCCGGCAGACCUUUCUAGUGCUCACAUGCGAAGAUCAAGGGCAUGUGAAAAGAAUGGAGCACUCACCCGGUCUUUGCUGUGCAAGUAGCGUUCUUCUUUAAUGUAUUACAGCAUACAAACACAUGCGGAGAGUGGACGAAAACGGGUGGGGGGGUGGAUGAGUGGGUUGGGCGACAGUUCGUGUCGUGCAAUCAGCACUUUGUCAGGCCCCUUAGGGGCCUGACUAAGCGCGGCUUGCGUGACAUGGACCGUCCUUUAUUGCAUCCGUGCUGAUUGCGCAACACGGGCAUGGACCGUCCUUCUUUCUUGCAUUCUUUUAUAGUGUUCUCCUUAAUUGCAUUACAGCAUACAAACACAUGCGGGAGAGUGAACAGAAACAGAGGGGUGGGGAAGUGGGUUUGGAGACAGUCCACAUCGUUCAAUCGGCGCUUUGUCAGGCCCCUUAGAGGCCUAACGAAACUCUGCACGACAUGGACCGUCUCCCAACCCACUUCUCCCGAAUGUGUUUGUAUGCUGUAAUACAAUAAAGAACAACACUACUUGCACAGCAAAGACCGGGUUAGUGCUCAUUCUUUUUACACGCCUUUUUGUGGAUAUGCUUUAGUAAAUGUAGUGUUUUACCUGCAGACUGUGUUCAGCCUUCACUGAUGACGCUGCUGAUGGUGACACCAUCGUGGAUCAAGAUUGUAUAUGUGUAGAGGUUAUGGCCUGGUGUAGGUCUUGGAAGCUAGAUCCUGAUAAGGACAGUUACACAAUUUGGGACCGUGUUAGGGUGCAGAGUUUUUCUGGUCCUGAUAUUUAUUGACUCCUUGGAUAGAGCAUACUGCUGGACUGUACUUGCCCUCAACAUAGUGUGAAGUAUAUGUAAUAUACACACAAAUAUUAGUGGGGCCACCACAUAACUAUAUUUAUGCAAAUACCCAGUUAUUCAUACCCCACAAAGUUCAUGUGCUCAGACCAUACCUGUCCAUAGAGCUUUGCAAUAUUCAAUAUAAGUACACACUACAUGUCUUCACUUCUAUCCCCGGAUCUAGAUAUAGUCUCUCACGACUCAAAGCUUACCCCUUAUCCCCCCCCCCCCCCCCCAAGCUCUCUACAUCCACCUCCUUUUCUCACAAUUUUGCUUGUUACCACUCUUGCAUCCUAAAGUAUUUCUCAUAUUUUUGCAUGUUUAACAUUCUUCCUAUAUUUGGCAAACACGAAGACUCCUUGUAACAAGGUGGACACAACUGCCUUAUUCCUUGACAUGUCUUAGUGCUUUUGACUCUUUGCAGACAUUUUACACACAAACACACACUUUUUUUUUGUAUACAGACACAUGCAUGCACUUGUUCACUCCUCCGCACUUAACACACCCUGUUGUAAAUCCUGUUGUGGAAGUGUUUUCUACACGCUUGCCUGAGCGUAGCAGCCGAGUCAGGACAUGUGCUACAUGUCUAACUUAACUCUGCUUGACUAUGGCAUGUAGGAUCCGACCACACUGGUGUUUUACAUAAUUCCAUCCCAGAGUCUCCUUUCUAGUACCACAUCCAUGUGCACUAAUUCACUCCGAUAACAUCAGGACCGUCCACUACAGCCAUAAGGUUGUCUCAUGGUGCUUGUGCAUCUUGUGGUCUUCUUGUAUCGGUCAUUCACAUCCAAUCUGUACUGUCCAGAGCAGCACAUAUGAAUACUGAGAACUUGCAUAAAGUGCAGGGUUUGCCGUGUACCUCUUGCCAUAACUACCUGCCUUGCUAGCGGCGCCUCCAGCACAUUUCCCUAUACUUUCCCCUGGGCAGCUCCUGUGCCCUGUUUUACAUUCUAUGCAGAGUUUGAUCUGGUGUCCUUUUUGUAUUGAGGCAGAUUAAGGGCUUGUGUGCUCUAAGGCAGCAGCUGUCUGUCUGCUGGAGAGGGGCUAUGAGACACAUGGUCUCUAGGGACAAGGAAAGCGGCCUUAAAAUAGACUCUAAAAAGCACCACACACUCAACCCUCCACCUCAUGUUUGCAUCAAGCACUGUUUGAUGCGGAUAUUGGCCCAGAUUUAUCAAACUAUGUGAGAGUAAAAAUGGAGGGAUUUUCCCACAACAACCAAUCGCAGCUCAGCUUUCACUUUACCAGAGCUUGUUAGCUGAGCUGUGAUUGGUCGCUGUGGCAAAAUCCCUCCACUUUUACUCUCACAUAGUUUGAUAAAUCUGGGCCAUUGUUUUUUAGUUUUUCUUCAGAGUGGAACCUGCUGGGUUUUGCUGAGCAGGCCAAUGGUGCAAGAUGUUUUUAAGCACAUAAAAAGUACUUAUCUACUUUUAUUUUAAGGUCUCUGUACAUACGUAUCCAUUUACAUUCUAGAUCACGCACCUUUUCAUUAUGCCUAUUUUAUGUUUUUGCAGGUUGCUCCUGUCCAUUAUCUAGUUUAGGAGCGAUCGAGGUUCUUAACUGUUUGGCUACGAAUGUCCUACCAGUCGCCUUUUUGUCAUUUUUACUGACCACUCCACAGUUCAGCGACUGGACUUUGUGACUUCUCAAACCUGCAGCGAUAAGUUCUCGGCUUUUCUUUCCUCAUACCUGAGCCCCGGUCAUUCCCCUCACACCAUAAGCACCAUGUACAUAUGUGAAAAUAUAAAAGGUGAAAUUUAAAUUUAUUAGCACCUUUUUUUUAUUUUUGAGUUUCCUUCUGUACCUUAAGAGAUUAACUUUGAUAUUUUUUGUAAAUAAUGUGUUUUUUGAAAAGAAUACUGUAAAGCUGUUUUUGUAUAAACUCCAAAUUUUCGUUUUGUUAGUAAAAAAAAAAAUUAGUUUCUUUUU